AUGUUCGGUAACGGAGGCUUCGCUCUCCCGGUCUGCUCCUUUCUGCUGCUGCACCUCCCGGUUCUCCCGCUAACCAGCAACUGGCCCGUUAAGGACAGAAGUGAAGGGAGGGUGGAGCAGCGUAACGUCCAUCUACAGUCUCACAGCCAUGGAAGUCAAAAUGUCAAACAGCCGAGCAAAAAGGAGGAGGUGUUUCAGUGGUGGGGGGAGUGGUCCAGUUGGUCCUCAUGUUCCAGGAGCUGUGGAGGAGGAGUGAGGAGUCAGGAAAGACACUGUCUCAUCCAGAGGCUGUCAACCACCCAGAACAUAAACAGCUCGUAUUGUGUUGGCUCCCCGAAACAGUACCAGCUCUGUCCGAACCAGCCUUGUCCCAGCCCCAGUGUCAGCUUCAAACAGCACCAGUGUUCCCAGUUCAACUCUAAAGCCUUUGGAAGAAGAUACUACCAGUGGAUACCCCUUUAUCCAGCUGAUUACAUCAGCAUCUCCAAUAAGCCAUGUGACCUCCAGUGUACAACUAUCAGCGGUGAGCGACAGCUGCUAGUUCCUGCCCAUGAUGGUACCUUCUGUCGUGACACUAAAUACCACGGAGUCUGUAUAGAGGGGAUGUGUCAGCCUGUAGGUUGUGAUGGAGAGCUGUACAGCAGCAAGACAGUAGACAGAUGUGGUGUAUGUGGAGGCAACGGGACAUCAUGCCAGCGCAUCUCUGGAUCCUACAGGAAGGCACUCACACAGUUAGGUUAUGUGUUCAUCACCAACGUCCCAGCUGGAGCUUCAGACAUUCAGAUCAUUGAGAGGCACAAGACUGAGAACAUCCUGGCUCUGUCUGAUGAAGCGGGCCAUUUCUUCUUCAACGGAAACACUGUGUUUGACAAUCCUCAAAACUUCCAUGUGGCGGGAACAGUGUUCAAAUACCGACGUCCAAGCAAUGUGUUCUCUGAUGGGCUGGAAUACAUCAUCGCACAGGGACCCACACUGCAGGGCCUUAAUGUUAUGUACUACAACUUGAAUGGGAAACUCCCCCACAUCACUUAUGAGUACACCAUCCCCCUCAAGUCUCACGACAUCGCUGCUGCAGAAGGCAUCACCGCAGGCCCUGCCCAUCUUAACCUCACCUUUAACGAGGUAAAUGAGGAUGUCAGAGGGGAUCAGAGCAGCUUGAUGAACCACAGCAGAGGCAUCCAUCACUACAACACCCAGGUGCAGGAAGAAGAGGAGGAGGAAGUGGUGUGGGAGAUCCGGACACCCAGCCCACCACCGCCAGUGGCCAUUUUGGUCUACAGACCAGCUGAUGUCACGAGCCAUGUAUUUACCCACAAUGAUGUGGAGGAGCAGGGACCUCCAGCACCAUCUGGCUACAAGAGCUCCUCCAACUCAAUUGACGAACCUUCCACUACUGAUGACAACAUGCUUGUGCUCUCGUUUCCAGGUAGUCAGAGUGUUCAUUCUGCAGCUCUGCCAGAUGAUGCUUCCUACGUGCUACUGGAGGAUUUACAUUACAACCAGACACAGUCUAACACUCACACAGUCAAACACACACUCACUGAUUCACAAGCAGAAACACAUGUGGAAACAAUGGCUGCCACAGACACGGAAAGACACACGGACUCACAGUCGGAAAUCCACCCGGACAUGCUCACAGCUACUGACACACACUCUGUUGCACAUGCAGAAACAGAAACUGGCACACACACUGCCAUCUUAGUACAGCUGCAACAGGUGUCAGCAGUCCAAGCUGCCAACACAGAGAGCAAUGACUUUGAUGUGGGUCUGGACCCAGAUAUUAGUCUGGCAGACAUGUAUCGCUGGAAAGUUUCUGCUUACGCACCGUGCAGCUCAACCUGUACAACAGGUAUCACCACCAGCUACGCCCUGUGUGUCCGGUAUGAUGGUACUGAAGUGGAUGACAGUUACUGUGACUCUCUGACAAGACCAGAGCCCACACAUGAGUUCUGCACAGGAAAAGAAUGCCCUCCGCGAUGGGAGACCAGUGGUUGGAGCGAAUGCUCACGAACCUGCGGUGAGGGCGCUCAGUACCGUACGGUACGCUGCUGGAAGAUGCUGUCGCCUGGUCUCGACUCCUCCGUCUAUGACUCACUGUGUCUGUCACAUGACCUUCACAAACCGGCCAGUAGAAAGGUGUGCCUCGGCCAGAGCUGUGGACCCCAGUGGGAGGUGUCAGAGUGGUCUGAGUGCUCUGCACGUUGUGGCUCUCGGGGCGUCCGAACUCGAGAGGUUCGUUGCUCAAUGGAAAUGAGGCUGUGCAACAAGUCCUCUCAGCCAAUAGAAAGUCAGGAGUGCGAAGGCCCGCCCUGUGACAGACGAUGGACAGUUUCUGAUUGGGGACCUUGCUCAGGUGUGUGUGGGGAGGGGAGGAUGGUACGUGCGGUCACCUGCCGCUCAUCAGGUGGGCUCGUGAUGUCAGAAGAGCAGUGCGACCAGUCAUUGCGCCCGCUGGCCAUCUAUCCCUGUGGUGACAGAGACUGCGCCCCCCACUGGGUUGAACAGGAGUGGCAACAGUGUAACGCUACUUGUGGUCGAGGUGUGCGGCAGCGUCAGGUGGUGUGUGCUGGCCUGGAAGGAGGUGUGUUUAAAGAGUUUCCAGACAGCAGCUGUGACCAAAAUAAAAAACCAGAGACCAGCUCCUCCUGCUUCCAGAGACCCUGCUCCAAGUGGUUCACCACAUCCUGGUCCCAGUGCAGUAAGACGUGUGGGAGUGGCGUCCAGGUUCGAGAAGUCAAGUGUUACCAGGGGGAGGAGCUGGUAACCAGGGGCCACAGCUGCAACUCUGCCCUAAAGCCAGAAGCCAGACAGAGCUGUGAAAUCCAAAGCUGUCCAACAGAAGCACCAGUAGACGACUCCUGCCAGGACAAGCCAACGGCCAACUGCGCUUUGGUCCUAAAGGUGAAACUGUGCUCCCAUUGGUACUACAGAAAGGCCUGCUGCCAGUCCUGUAAGGCACCAAGACCCUGAAGUCUUAACUGUAACCUCUCACCUCAACACCAACCACU